AUGACCGCUGCAGACUGCAGUGACGCAGGAAUUCCGACCCCUAUGUUUAUGCCAGAGUUCCAAAUCCGCUUGUGGAGGGGUCAAUUAGCACACCGCUCUAUAAUUGUGCCAAGCGCCCAAUGCACAUACCGUGAUGUUGAGGCCCAGCUGCGCAACUCGAGCUGCCACUAUGCCACAGCGGAUUCCGGCACGGCCUUGUCGACUUGA